AUGCAUGUAUCAACAAAGCCGACAUUUUCAAUUCGUCCAACAAACACAUCUUUAGCUCGUCAAUCACUUAGCUCAAAAAUGCGUUGUUCAAUUGUUCCGGCACAACCAGUCAAUAGUCGUCGAUCCUUGAGUCAAGUAUCGAAUACAUACAGUGAACUAAAUAAGAAUAAAGAUCAAGUUCAAAAUAAUGUCUUUAAAAGACAAGAACAACAAUACCGAAAAACUAGCGGCGUUACAAAAAAUGUGAUAUUUAAACGUCGUUCUGUUAAAAAAAUUCUAUCUGAAUCAUCUAUGAACAAUUCAACAGAAGCUGAAACAUUAAAACAAGUUAUUGUGUCAUCAUUAACAGAAAACGUUAAAAAACUAGAAAUAGCCGCCAAAGAUCAAGAAAAUAAACCACCAACCGAAGAAAAAUAUAAGAAAAAACAAUCGUUAUUUACUUCAUCAUCAGCUCGUUCGACAACACUUCUUCAUCUGCUUUUACCAUUACCGAUGAAUAAACAAUUAGAAAUACUUACCAUUAAACCACCAUCUGAUAGUAAAGAAAAGGAUGAAUUAGAUGAAGACGAACAAGUGGUCUAUGGUGAAAUAUAUGUAAUGAAUUAUAUUCGUGAUAUUAUGAAUUUAUUAUAUGCGCUCGAAUUAUAUUAUCCAGUCAGUAACGCCUAUUUACGAACAUCAACAGAAUCAAAAACAUGGAAAAUAACAUUUAAACAUCGAACAACAUUAGUCGAAUAUUUGAAAUCGUCAUCAAUCGCUGCAUCAGCCACGUAUAUCUCUCGUUUUAUUCUGACGUAUGUAACAGAUGAAGUAUUUGAUUAUUAUUGGCCAGAAGGAUUACAAACAAUGACACCCUAUAAAACAUAUGAAGAUCUAUCAAGUGGUAUUAAAGCAUUAACAAAUAUUCUCGUCAAAAUAUCCUCUUUAUCAAGAUCAAGUUUAAAUGAGUUUGAUUUAUUAUUUAAAAAAUAUGGACAUGAACAUUUGUCUUGUGCAAGUACAUUUUGUUUACAAAAACAGAAACUUAUUCAAAAACUCGCAAAUGGCUAUUAUUUAUGA